AUGUCGAAAAAAGUACUCAUUAUUCAACAUGCAGUCGGUGCUCAUCUUGCUUAUAUAACAACAUUUUUCUCUGAAAAUAAUAUUCCAUUUGAAAUUCUUCCUAUUUUUGAUCCUGAUUUUCAAUUAGAAUUUCCAGAUAAUAAUACAAAUAAUUAUUCAGCUAUUGUUAGUCUUGGUGGACCUCAAAGUACAUACCAAGAUGAUAUAUAUCCAUAUUUAAAGUGGGAAAAAUCAUAUCUUGCUGCUCAACUUGCUUUGAAUAUACCUAUUCUAGGUUUAUGUCUCGGAGCACAAUUACUUGCUGAUGCUAUCGGUGGACACGGUCAUUUAGGUAAAUAUGGUUAUGAAGUUGGUUAUGUUCAAUAUGAACUAACAUCUGAAGGAAAACAUGAUCCAAUUAUAUCAAAAUUAUUUGAAGAACAACAAAAUAAACCAUUAUGGAUUAUGCAUCAUCGAGAUUCGUUUGAUUUGCCAUCAAAUGCAUCAAUUUUAGCUUAUACAUCAAAGAAUUAUAUUGCUGCUUAUCGAAUCGGUUCUGCAUUUGGUGUACAAUUUCAUCCAGACAUAUCAUUUACUGAAUUUAACGAAUUAGUACAAAGAACAAGUAAAAAUCGACCAGAAGCAUAUAGAAAUCUUGAUAUAGAUGAAAUUCUACGUCAAGCAGAAGCAUGUGAAGUUCAAGCAGAUAAAUCAAGACGAUUAUUUUUUGAAACAUGGUGGAAUUCUAUUCAAAAGCAAUAA